AUGAUUAAUCUACUUAAGCAAUUUGAAUCCGAAAAAGCCUCGGAGGAAAAAGUAAAGAAAGGGGAGGCUGGUGUUGAAAGUGAGUUGGAAACGGACACAGAAUUUGAGCAAGAACCUGCGAGUGAAAUUGAAGAGGAGGGCGAUAAACCGGCUAAAAAGAGGUUAAAGGCGACUGAUGAAGACAAAAAUGACAUUGACUCUUAUGAUUCUAAGGCCUCGAGAAGCCGCUUGGAAAAGAAUCGUAAACGUCGCGAGCGCGAUAGCAACAAGUCGACGUCGAAAUCCAAGAUGAAGGUUAAACAGGGAAAAUUCGCUUUUGAGGACAAAGAUGAGCUGAAGAAAAAGGAAGAUGCCGAAUAUAGGAAGAUGGGUAUUAUGAUGAUUCCUAAAAAGAAGAAGAGGCUCUUUGAUAAAAUCACCAAAACACAACGCCAGAGGAAUAAAAAGACCGAAAAAAUGAAAGCAAAGCGAAGAAUAGUUGAUGCAAAAAUUAAGAGCGAUAAAAAGUUCGCCCAACAAAACUAG